GGCGGCUUGCCGUGCUAUAAGGCGUUGACUAAGGUCUGUACUGAGGAACGUCCCGAGAACCGUCGGACCAAACACCUUUCGGGCAGGUGAGAGAAGGAGGUCUUGUCCGACGUCAUUCUGCAGAAGUGAGAAAAACCUUUUCGCUACGUCUCAGGAACUACUCACGGGGACAGGUGGCAUCUGUGAGGGCACGUAAUAAAAUUAUUGGGAAAGAAUGGCUGAGGAAGCGAGGUCGGCGUUGCUACUUCAAAUACAGACGCGUCCUUAAGUGGAAAUUAGCGCUAUCUUUCGACCACAACGUUCUCGACGGAAAGUCGGAAACUAUCCAGAGAUUUUCGUCCUUCCAGUUGUUCAAAAGCUCGACUCUAUGUGAAAUCGGUGAGUGGCCGCCCACCAGUACCUGAAAAUAGCAUUACAUUAUUUGCGGAAUAAAUCAUAAUGGAGUCUAUUUCAGCGAUGUCGCUCAGAGUGCUUCCGGCCGAACUCAUAUGUUCUAUUCUCGACGAGCUGCCUGUACGAGAACUCGUUGGAGUGAUGCAAGUAUGCCGGCUUUUCCGUGACACGAUCAAAUCGUCUACCGGCUUGAUGUACAAGAUCGAACUCAUGUUGGCUACCAUGGAGGAUGUAUCACUAAACAUCACGAAUAAGGCUGCGAAGCGUGAGCUCCUUCAGCGCUAUCGGAAAGCGUGGAGUGCGUCUCCAUGGAAAGCAUCUUCAAGGAAGGUAGUGCGUUUAAUGGAUGGCCCAUUAUGGGAACUCUGUGGUGGCAUAUUCGUGCAGAGUACCGGUCGAAGAGAACUGACCUUCACCCAACUUCCUUCCCAAAUCCGUGGUAUGACGGAACGGGAAUGGAAAGUGAAAGUACCAUUCGAUAUCGCCGACUUCUGUAUUGAUCCUUCCCUCAACCUUAUCGCCGCCAUCGAAGACAAAAAUGGUCACGGGCGACUUCAUUUGUUAACCAUGUUUUCCGGCGAGAAACAUAUCUGUGCUGAGAAAAGCGUUGUAAAGCUUCCUCUUCCCCCCGUUGGAAACACUUCAUACAACAUCCGUAUAUCCGGCGAGCUUGUCGCUAUCUUAACACGAACGUGGUCUUUUGGCUCUACUCAGUGGGUCACCAAGUUUGUCGUAUUCCACUGGACGCUCGCGAAACAGAAAUUGUCUAAGACGGAAUUGGGGGACGAUCUUAAUCUGUUCUCGUUCGCUUUCCUUGAUGGACGUCACAUCGCGGUGGCCCACGGCGAUAGAACUAUCCCUCAGGGCGAACUAGUGGCUGCUCUUACUAUAAUCGACAUCUCUAGCCGCAUCAGAGAAGAUCAACGGGUCGCCCGUAAGGUGACUUUAUACUUCCCCUCUUUCAAAUCUGGAUGGUCUUUGGAGAAUAUAGAGGUUGCUUGUGAUCCCGCGCCAUGCUACAGUGCAUCUCCCAUGUUCAAUCCACCUUUCCAAGUAGCCAGGCUUGAAAGGAUUGUUUCUGUGAAAUUAUUCUCAGUCGAUCCUCAGUGGGAAAGCGAAGAUGCUCAGCAAGUAUUGGUCCCAGCACAUACAUUGAUUUCCCUCGUCAGAAGUGGGGAGUCUACGAGCAAUGGCGGAGUACCUUGGCACGAAUGGGGCCCAAGGAAAACACGCAUGCUUCGGGCUGCAGCUCUCCCAAACCUCGCCUGGUGCUAUCCGGUUUAUGGUACUAAGUGCGUGGGACGAGAGCAGGGCAAAGUGGUGAUCUAUGAUUUCAAUCAGCUUGCAGUCAGAUUUGCUGCAGGUUCUCCCCCCGAUUCCCAGUCCGGAGAGAUAAUUCUUCAUAGUGAUACGGAGGAGCCUGAAAUGUUCGCUGGUACUAUCACUACAUCGUUGCCUUAUCGCAAAUUCACAUCCGAAGUACCAAUCAAACGAGACGAUUCUGUUAUGAUAAACGAGGACUCUAUCGUGGUCGUCAAGGAAACCAAUGAUACUUUCAUCGUUUACUCGUUGUAAACCUAUUGUACAACUGCUUUUUGUGCAGAAUAUAAAUCUAUGGAAAUUUGUCGACAAGUGACGAUGAUGUGAAGGCACAAGACAUAUACAGAAAACAUGAGGUUUCUCUAGAGGGCAGAUGUAUACGCGGCAAGAGUCACGGAGAACAAUGGAGGUAGUCGAUAAGGAGCAGAUCUUCUCGUUUGGCGGCUCGUGUGCGACACCUCUUGUCGAACUCCAAGAUACGCCCAUGGCCAGCCACAGGGGACUUAGCGAACUGUCUAAGUAUGAACUUCCCGUAGUUCUGAAUCUCUCGCCUACGUGGAGGGUUUGCCAAGACUACAAUUUUAGAGUAGGGGUCCCAAGCCGCGAUCCAGUCCUCCAUAGAGGUGACAUCCUUUGGCCCGCUGACAUUAUUGCAUACCAGAUUAAGGUCCACAUAAUCAUUCAACAGG